AAGCGAUUCCUUGCUGUAUGGUGGUCGAGUAGAGCCACUAAGAAAAAAAAAAUUUUUUUUGAGAUGGAAUCUCGCUCUUGUCGCCCAGGCUGGAGUGCAGUGGCGCGAUCUCGACUCACUGCAACCCCUGCCUCCCGGGUUCAAGCGAUUCUUCUGCCUCAGCCUCCAGAGUAGCCAGAACUACAGGCGCACGCCACCAUGCCCGGCUAAUUUUUGUAUUUUUUUUUUAGUAGAGACAGGGUUUCACCAUGUUGGCCAAGAUGUUUUCUAUCUCCUGACCUUGUGAUCCGCCCGCUUUGGCCUCCCAAAGUGCUGGGAUCACAGGCGUGAGCCACCGCGCCCAGCCUAAACAAAAAUUUUUUUAAAAUCUUUCUUCUGGAGCCAGAUAAAAUGGAUGGGAAAAGAUAACUGGGGAAGGAGAAUAUUUCUAGAUAUUUCAUUUUCCCAAGAUGGCUCAGUUGGCCAUCCUAGGAACUGCAGUGCCCUCAAACCUGCAGUGUCUGUCAUUUCACAGCUACUAUAACAUACAUUUUAUAUGUUGAGAUUUCUACACAAACUAUUAAUCACAAACAACACUUGUUAAGGGAACAUUGAGAAAGCAAAUAUUUUUAGUAGACUACAGAUUUCCAUAUGAAGAUUUCACAGUAUUCCAGCCUCUGGAGAGGAAGGGAGAGGAAUGCGCUCCUUCCGAUUCCCGCCCUUUCUGCGACACCAUCAAAUCCUCUCAGCGCCUCUCAGGCAGUUCCGGAGUUGCAGGGGCCGAGGGAGAAUACAUCAAAGUGAUGUCAUUCGUGACUCCGAGAUGGUUACCAUGGCGACUAUCAGACAUAUUACGCUGUCAGUAGGGUAAGAGCCUGUUUAAUCCAAUCUUCAAUCACGGGUUUCCUCGGGCGUUAGCCACUGCCUGCAGAGUGUGGACUGGCAGAAAAACGUCACCUUCGGGCCCCCCAGCACCAACGCGCCUUAAACCAAGUCCCACAAAGAAGUCACUUCGGCGAUGGAAACGCGACUUUGCGGCUUCCUGAGCUGCUAAGGUCCCUAUGUUAACUACUUGAGACAAAAAUAAAUAUGGCCUUCUACAGUUAUAAUUCAGUUUUGGCUAUUGCUCGAACAAGAUUCCCUAGCCAUUUUGUCCAUCCUACCUGCUCUUCUUAUUCCCCAUCAUGUGCAUUUCUUCACUUGCCAGAUUCCCAUUUAAAUAAGACAUGUAUGAAGAACUAUGAGAGCAAGAAGUACUUGGAUCCUAGUCAGCCAGGCAAUACAGUACUUCACCCAGGAACUAGUCUAAUACAAAAGCUACACACAUCCACUUGCUGGCUGCAAGAAGUUCCUGGCAAACCUCAGCUGGAGCAAGCCACAAAACAUCCACAGGUGACAAGCCCUCAGGCCACAAAAGAAACUGGCACGAAGAUAAAAGAUGGCAAACAAUCUUAUAGACAGAAAAUCAUGGAUGAACUAAAAUAUUAUUACAAUGGAUUCUACUUACUUUGGAUUGACGCCAAAGUUGCUGCCAGAAUGGUUUGGAGGCUGUUGCAUGGACAGGUCCUGACCAGACGAGAGAGACGAAGGCUGUUGAGAACUUGUGUUGAUUUCUUCCGCCUGGUUCCAUUUAUGGUGUUCAUAAUUGUACCCUUCAUGGAAUUCUUAUUACCAGUGUUUCUGAAACUCUUCCCAGAGAUGUUGCCAUCAACUUUUGAAAGUGAAUCCAAAAAGGAAGAAAAACAGAAAAAGAAAAUGGCUGUAAAGUUGGAACUAGCAAAAUUUCUUCAAGAAACCAUGACAGAAAUGGCAAGGAGGAACAGAGCCAAGAUGGGCGAUGCCUCUACACAGCUCUCAUCCUACGUGAAGCAGGUCCAGACAGGCCAUAAGCCCAGCACAAAGGAGAUAGUUCGCUUCUCCAAACUAUUUGAGGACCAGCUGGCCCUGGAACACUUAGAUCGCCCUCAGCUGGUUGCCCUUUGCAAACUGCUGGAAUUGCAGACGUUUGGAACCAACAACCUGCUCCGCUUUCAGCUCCUGAUGAAACUGAAGUCUAUAAAAGCAGAUGAUGAAAUAAUUGCCAAGGAAGGGGUGAGAGCAUUGAGUGUAUCAGAACUGCAGGCUGCCUGUAGGGCCCGAGGGAUGAGGUCACUGGGUCUCACGGAGGAACAACUGCAACAACAGCUCACCGAGUGGCAGGACCUCCACCUGAAGGAGAACGUCCCUCCUUCCCUUUUGCUCCUGUCCCGCACCUUCUACCUGAUAGAUGUGAAGCCCAAGCCGAUUGAGAUACCACUCAGUGGGGAGGCUCCAAAGACUGAUAUUCUUGCGGAAUUACCUACUUUCACUGAAUCUAAAGAGAACAUGGUGGAUCUUGCACCUCAACUGAAGGGAACCAAGGAUGAAGACUUUAUACAGCCGCCACCAGUUACAUCAUCACCCAUAACACCAUCAACACCUAUUUCAUUACCUAAGGGACCCAUCACUUCUUCUAAAGAACCUACACUCCAGGCCAAAUCACAAAUGACGGCCCAGAACAGCAAGGCUAGUUCAAAAGGAGCAUAAGGACUACUUGAGGAUGGAGCUCACUCUCUUCAGCUUCCGGCCCUCAACAGUGGCAUCUGUAAAGGACCCAGAUAAGACUGUCUGGCUUCAGACAGCGGAUCAGCCGUUUAGCCCGUGGGGCAGUCCUUUGAGGCCUGGUAACCAUUCCAGGUAAUGUGGGUAGUGAGACCAAGUUCAGACCGCUGAGAAAAAUAUAAUUGCAAAGUCCCAUUUCCUCUGUACCAUUGUCACCCCACUCAACUUUGUAUAAAGCCCACCCCCCAUCA